AUGGCAGCCAUUUUGGAAUCUUUUUAUCUUUUUAUUUUGUACUUUUAUUCGUGUUCAGCCAGUUACCAUGAGCAAUAUAGAGUUCCUCAGAUAACGUCUCCGAAGUGGGAGUCUUACGUGUUCAACAAUAAGGAAUACAUCGUCCAGGUGAUGGCUGUCAACUGGGAGAAUGCGAAGAUCUUGUGUCGGGGCUACCACAACGGCACCCUCGCCAUAUUGGACACAAGAGAAAAGGCAGAGUUCUUAGCUGAAGCACUAUCGGAGUCACAAUUUUCUCUAGCCUCAGUGUGGGUGGGUGCUCGAAGAGAUUCAGCUGAAGAUGCUGCAGGGUAUCGAUGGGGACCUGGCAUGGAGCUCCGGAGAACUGCAUUAGAUGUGCUAGCCAGUGAACAGGAUGAUAAUGUCGCCAGACAUUAUCCUAUGUGGCUAAACAGGACCCACGUGCCUGUCCCAGAGACGGGAGCUGACUGCGUGGCCUUGGAGAGAGUCAACCACGACAGACCGGUGUUCCUCGACCUGCCCUGCCAUUUGGAACGAGCUUUUGCAUGUGAAAGAGAGGCCCACGAGAUGAUACGAGUGACAGAGGUGAACAACGUGCGCUGUAGGCACGGUCUGUACCGGCUGUAUGAUGGAAAGAUGGACUGGCACCAGUCUGCUGCCUACUGCGUGCUCAGGGGGAUGGCUUUAGCCAAUAUCGCAAGUUUAAAGUGCUUACGGAAAUUAGGAAUGACCAUGUUGAAAAACCGACCGAGUAUCGAGAACGCCUGGGUGGGAGCCAAGGGUAACCUCGGGCGGUGGAACUGGAUAGACACGGGAGUCAGUCUGUUCACGAUACCAGUGCUAACAGACGCCACGGCAGACACCUGGCCGCCUAUGAGGGACAGGAACAACAUCAAACAGAGCGGCUGUCUACAACUGGACAGACACGCGUCCCACACUCCCGUCUUCCUGGAGUCAAGGUGUGAGAGGAAGAUGCAGUUCAUAUGUUACGAGGCACAAGGAGAUGACGUAGAACUGGGGGCGCGACGGUCUGGUUCAGCAUCUCAGAUGAUCACACAAGCGACACCUAGCGACGACAUGUAUUACUACGUGUUAGUUAGGCAGUUGUUAUACUGGCAGCACGCCAACUUGAACUGUGCGAAACUUAACGGAACUCUCGCAUUUUUGGAUAAUAACGAUAUCUUAAUUCAAUUACUGCUGGUUAUGGGCGAAAAUAAGGAAGAACCAAUCGAACACAUCUGGAUCGCUGGACGUCUAAAUAUGACAAAAGAUAUUUUAACGGAGACCGUCAGUUACUCCUGGUACAAUCCCAACAAUGGAAAACGCAUCCCAGACCCUAAAGCAGUUGACAGUUUUCACCCAGGAACAUACAUGCCGCCGUGGUUGGAUGAAGAAUACACGAUGGACAAUUCUUGCCUAAACUUAGACAGACAGGAUCAUCUCGUUGGUCUUGUUUAUGGAUUGCCCUGCGAUACAGCUCAGUAUUCCAUUUGUAUGAUAGAAAAAGCCCCACCUAAGAUGGCAGUGCGCAUGCCAAUACCGGCGCCGCCGCCGGCCGCUUCCCCUAUUGAGCUUCAGGCACCGGCCACAGCCAACACGGAGGGAUACGAGUCAACAUGA